CUCUCCUUUCGAACAUGGCAACGACCCGGACGGGGUUCUGUGAAGGACUGCGAACAAACGCAGAGCUGACGCUGGAGGGAGAUUUGAGAAGCGCGUGGAGCAGACGGCCUCAACCUUCACCAGCGACAAGGGGCGCUUACAUAAGUUCCCGCUAAGUGCUAGCUGUCAUAAUGGAAGGUAGCAGCGACAUAAAAACGACCUCCAAGGGUUUUCACUGCGCGCUCUGCAACGUGAACUUACCCAACAUGCCGAGCCUCGAGCAGCACGUGAAAGGCAGAAAGCACACAACGCUGUCCUCUGUGCGGGCCACCAGGAAGACCCAGGAGGAGCACAGCGUGUUCGUCAGCGGCAUCAAGCCCAGCAUCACUCAGACCGACAUCGCCGAAUACUUCGAGCAGUUUGGCCCAGUAACAGAAGUUAUCAUGGAUAAGGACAAGGGCGUGUACGCCAUCGUGCAGUUUGGUGAGACGGAGAGCAUACAGGCAGCCCUGGCCUGCGUGGAGCAUCAGAUGAAGGGCCUGAAGCUGCGCGUCAAACCGCGGGAGAAAAGAGAAUUUAAGCUUAUUCCCAAAAACAAGAAUGACCCCAAGAACCUCCAACAAGUCCUGGACCGCCUCAAACCUGAGCUGUGUCAGCUGGCAUCUGUGGAUGCGCAGAUGCAAUAUGUUGUUGAGCGGUUUCAGUUGGGAGAAAAUGAAAAGAAGGCCAGAGGCUUGCUGGUGAAUCUCCUGCAAGAGGUGUUCAUCGAGUUUUUUCCAGACAGCCAGGUUCUGCCCUUUGGUUCAUCUGUCAACAUGUUUGGAUUCCACUCCUGCGACUUGGACCUAUUUUUAGACUUAGAAAACACUAAGGUGUUUCAGGCCCGAGCUAAGUCCACCUCAGAACAGGCAAUGGAGGGCGUUUCAGACGACGGCCACUCUGAGGACUCCAUCCUCUCUGAUAUUGACCUCACCACCGCCACGCCGGCUGAGGUCCUGGACCUUGUGGCAGCAAUCCUGAAACGCUGUGUCCCUAGCGUGCACAAAGUUAAUGUAGUGAGCAGUGCUCGACUUCCCGUAGUCAAGUUUCACCACAAGGAGCUUAACCUGCAGGGGGACAUCACUAUUAACAACAGGCUUGCGGUAAGGAACACCCGCUUCCUCCAACUGUGUUCUGGGAUGGAGGAAAGGCUAAGACCUCUGGUGUACACGAUUCGCUACUGGGCCAAGCAGAAACAGUUAGCUGGAAAUCCUAGUGGUGCUGGUCCCCUUCUCAACAACUAUGCUCUGACCCUGCUGAUCAUCUUCUUUCUUCAAAACUGUGAUCCUCCUGUCCUCCCGACAGUGGACCAACUCAAAGACAUGGCCUGCGAAGAGGAACAUUGUGUAAUUGAGGGCUGGAAUUGCACCUUCCCCAGUCAACCUAUUGCUGUGCCCCCAAGCAAGAAUACACAGGACCUCUGCUCCCUGCUCUCUGGCUUCUUCUCCUUUUAUGCCAAGUUUGAUUUUGCUAGCAGUGUCAUAUCUGUUAGAGAAGGCCGAGCACUCCCAAUCACUCAUUUCCUCAGCAUUAACAAGGAGGGGGUAGAGACAGAAAAGGAGCAGCCAACCAAAGUCCCUCCCUCUGCUCCCAAACUGGGGCCCUUGAAUCUCUUGGACCCGUUUGAGCUUUCCCACAAUGUGGCUGGAAACCUCAACGAACGCUCGCAACGCAGCUUCCAGAGGGAGUGCCAGGAGGGGGAGAAGUACUGCCGCAGCCUUCAGUAUCAGCACAAAUCCGCCAAAGGAAAGUCGUGGGGGCUGGUGCGCUUGUUCACCCCCCACGGGGAUGUUCCACUCGCCAAAACAGAGCAGCUGGUCAUCACCAUUCCCUUCAAAUCAGCGUCACUGUCUGAAGGGCUCUGUGACCACCUGCGUGUGGUGGGAGACGGGUUCCGGCUGGUGUGGUUUGAGAAGGUUCGCUCUGCCGUGGAGGAAGUUCUCCGAAACGUCCUCAGGUGUCAGGUGUCCUCCACAGACGCCGUCUUCGGCGAGGGUUCAGCUGUGGAUGCUGCGGAGGAAAUGGAAACCGCAUCAGCUUCCCUCAACACGUCAGCAAAUGACAGUUGUGACAGUAUUGAAUGUAAAAGUGAAGCCAGCCCUGUCAGUACAGUGGUGGUCGGUGCCAAGAGACCGCUGUCUUCUGGAAGCGAUGCCUCUGUGUCGCCCCAAGGCAAAAGGCCGAGACUGCCAAGAAGGGGCAAGCUUGAUUUCCCCCACUGGCUCUGUGUGCAGAGGCACAUCGUGUGGGCUGGCAGGAGGAAAGUAAGAAGGGAGCUGAUCAAAGAUGCAGACUCGAGUCCAGAGGGCAGCUGUGCAGAGAUGGAGUCCCAGGUCACAGCUCGCAUCAUUGAAAAAGAGCCAGAGCUGAAAGAGGCCCUGGAGUUCAAAGUUGUGCCGCAGAUGAUGGGCGGGACAGAAAACACCAGGGCGGUGCUGAAGUUGGAGCUGGUUAGCGACAAGACGGGAGUUUUUCAUGACUUCUUUCAUUUCCUGGAAGCGUUUGUACCGAGGAUGGUGGAGACAGUCCUGAAGAAAGACGGUCUGUAAUUUGAAUGAACUCUUGGGACUGAGAGCAUUCCUAUACUUUGACCAGCAACCCGUAUAAUACUGUAAAUAUGAGAUUUGUCUAGAUGUUAAGUUUUUGUGUUUUUUGGAUAUUUGUACGUUAACAUUUCAUUGUGAGGCUUAAGACUUUGAUUAAGCCUAGUUUUAUGUUUGAGGUCUGGUUUAGUUUUAGUAGUUUUGUUUUGAACUGUGUCUCUUGAUGCUUUGAAGGGAAACACAGCGCUUGAUCAUCUUCAAGUGAAUAAAAUUCUUUGCAGAGCAGUUCUGUUCUGUAUAAGCAGUUGUCAUUAA